UUUCUUACCAAAAAAUUCUGAAAACCCGGAAUGAAAUUUUAUUUUUUAGCCAGCAAAAUCUGGAAAAUUACGUCCUAUUGAAUCCGUUUCAGGUAUUGCUUUCGCUUGGUAAAAUGCUUCCAUAUACGAGCACCCAGACAAGCACAUUUCUCAGGAUAAUCUACAUUUCGAUAUCUUCUACAGAAAACCACCAAUGACGUGAACCAGUUAAAAAAAAAGUAAUCUACCAAAACAAAACAAAAAAAAUGUAAUAACGAUGAAAAUAAAAACAAAUAAAGAUUAUCCGUGAUUCCUGCCCUCCACCCCCGACCCCGACGGUGCGGUGUUUCAUCCGAUUCAUUUCAUCUGCCACCUACGUAACGCUAUUAAGAAACCCAAGAGGAGAGAAGAGAGAGUUGAGUGAAACCGUCCGUCUCACCUGGCGAGAGAAACCCACCUUCCGAUUGGCUGAAAAAGUUCUACCUCGAGAUCUCCCGUCGUGCCUCGCGGCCCCUCUCUCUCCGAUACGGCAGAACCGAUCACAGAAGGUAAAGAGUCGCUCGAACCUGUUGCAUCUAGCAUCAACACUCGCUCGCUGCUGCAACGGCGAAUGUAACAACCGUGGUCAAGUGUAUGCAUCUGCCCCUGCUAGAAGAAGCCAUGGCCGCUUACCAGCAGGAGGAUCCCGGAUCGCCCUAUCCACCCCAGGAUGCCAUGGCGAUGAUGGGACAGGACGUAUUCCACCGAUCGCCCGGAUGUGACUAUGGGGGGAGUCCGGGAACGUCCCGGCAACAGCAACCACCCCAGCAGUCCGGGUCAGGCCCCGGUGCUGAGUAUUACGGGUCGCCCUACGCGAGGGCAUGGCCGCCCCAGCAGGACUAUCCGGUGUCUUACGGGGUACCGGACGAUCAUGCUGGUGGUGGUUGGUUGCCGGACGGUGCGGGAUCAUAUGGAACGUCGUUGCUCCAGAGGAUAAACUCCGCCUCAGUGACUAUGGAAACGAAUCCGGCGGCUGAACUGAGUCGCUAUGGUGAUGGUAGUGGGGUGUCUGGAAAUGUGGAGUCCGGCAGCUCGCCGCCCCACGGAGACGUGGUGGACGGAUCGGCGACGGUGGAAUCCCCGCCGGAGUUGCCGUCUGGUGGAGGCAAGGGACGCACUAACCAGGAACAGAGAAUCCGGCGUCCGAUGAAUGCUUUCAUGGUGUGGGCCAAAGUGGAAAGAAAGCGCUUGGCCGAUGAAAAUCCGGACCUGCAUAAUGCAGAUCUAAGUAAAAUGUUGGGAAAGAAAUGGCGUGGUCUGAGUCAUGAAGACAGACGACCCUAUGUCGAGGAAGCUGAACGUCUUCGAGUUCAACAUAUGCACGACUAUCCCAAUUACAAGUACCGGCCGAGAAGGAGAAAGAAUACUAAACGUGGCAGCGUGCGAAAGGGGGCAGCGACUGCACCGGCAUCACCACCAAUGAUGCCCAUCCCCUUCCCUGCACCCUCACCAUCUUACUCUUUUCCAUCCGGAAACAGUCAUAUAAUGGGUCCCUACAGCGGCAACGGUAGAUCACCUUCUAUGAACAUGGACGUGUGCGGCCUGCAGACACCUGAUUCGUCACCCCACGGAAGUCCAUGCUCCGAUGCCAACGCAGCUCGCCAACGAAUGGACAAUUACAGGUAUCCUGAAUUUAUGGGAAUACCCAUGAGUAACAAUCACUCUACUGCGAAUGGUGAAAUGUCAGGUUCCUCUAAUGUGAGUCCUGAUUCUAUUCGUUCCCUACCAACUCCUGAAAUGUCUCCUAUCGACAGGGACCAGGAUGGAUUCAUGUUCCAAGGUCAGAAAGAGGCUGCGCAGGAACAGCAGAGACAAGGAGGAGAGGUAAACGAAAAUCCUGUGUCCCAACUCAUCACCCGCUUUAGCGAUUCGUCCAAGUUCCUAAAGAAUGUCCGUCCACCCUUCCCAGUUAGGGGAGCUCAUCAUGCCACCAACGGUAUGACCCUGAGGGAUCUCGUUGCUUCUAGCAACAACCCAUCUGCCACAUACGCAGCCCUAACUGCCAUGUCCCCACUUCCUCAUUACUCAAUGGCAACGGAAAUGAUGUCUGCUGAUGGACACCAAGCUAUCAUAAAAGGACAAGACCAGGAGGAGAGAAAUUCGUGCCACUACUCGUAUUCGUUUGGUGGUGACGUUAAGCCACCACGGCCAUUGCCUUCCUACAAUCCUUUUCCGUCCACUUCCCAGUUCCAAAAUGCUGUCUAUUAUCAACAGGGCAGGUACUCUCAGGGCAGCGAUGGCAGCUACUUCGCGGAGCAUCCUUACCCUGACAACGAGAGCAUUGAAGAUGUCGAUAGAAACGAAUUCGAAAAAUACCUCAAAGGCAACACUAACAACAACACUGUUGCUAUGACCUCUCAAUUUUCGGACGCUUACCAAUGUAUAGAGGGACCCUCUUACGUGGAGGUUCCCAAUGAUGGUACAAAUACGGACAAAUCUUUUUUGGGCAUGUCCAUGGACAAUUCUGUUGAGGGUGUCUCAAAUUUUGCGCGCACAGUGUCUUCUGCUUCGAACAUUUCUGCGAUUUAUGGAGCUUCAGGAUCUCCAACCAAAAGUGAAAACUCAGGACUCAUAGCAGCGCUAUCUGAAGCCAGGCAAAUUAUGCUAUAAUGUAAAGCGAGAAUCUUUUAUAGUGUAAAAAAAACGCAAAUUUGAGAGAUGGUGUAUGAUGCACCUGUUGAUUACCAGUGCCUUAAUCCCGCGUGUCUUCUGGAAUAAGUUCACUGCAGUGAAGAACAGUUACCUGAGGAAGUGUAAUAAGUCUGAUCUUUUUCUUUAUUUAUGACUGUCUUGACUGUCUUCGAGAGAUCUCAUGGAGAAUCAUUAGUAAGGUAAUAAUUAAUUUAUGUUCAACAAGACACAAUUACUUUUUUUGAUUUAAUAUAAUAACACUAUGGAAUUACGACACUGCCAUUUGGAUUACAUGACGUGAAAGGGCAAGGAUCCACGUUGAUUAGAAAGAACCGGUGGUUCUACUGUACUCUCUCCUCAGUACUCAAAAUGCCAUUUCAAUUUACCGUAAGUGCCAUGUAAAACGACUAUAUAAAAGAAAUAUAAUUCAGGACUUCAGUUUUGUUACAAUCACUUUACAAACUCUUUUUUUUUAUAUAUAAUUAUCUUAAAGAGGACAUUUACACAUAAGACAAAAGUACAGAAAGACUGAGCGAGAUCUUGCUAAAAGAAAAAUGGAUUUAGUUGUGGUUUGCAGUAGGAUGAGAUUGUUAUUUUUGGAACUCAAUGUGCGUGAGGAAAGUCGCCAAUCACUGCAGUGAAGAAGUGCAAUAUGAUGCAAAGGACGAGAGACUUUCCGAGAUUUUCAGCCUGGACGGAUUUUCGGUGAAUAUAUGUACAUAGGGUUCGUAUUUAAGAUGUGACUUACGUUUAGUUUUUGAAGAUUUUCAGUUUAUUGUAUAUUUACAAAUUUAAAUGUUCUAUCAUGAAUUCUUAUCAGUAAGUGCCUGUAUUUACGAUGGAAAUUCAACAAUAAUUGAAAUGUAUUAUUUUUAUAAAUGAUAAAUGAAAUACGUAUUAUUUUUAUAAAUAACUUCUCUGUUAACAGCGUAAACUGUAGAAUCGAUUAAAAAUAUAGAAUUUAAAAUGAAUUAAACACAAUAUAUUUUAAACUUAUUUAUUAUAGAAGUUACAUGUUGUUGGUGAUAUUUGUAAAAGCAUUUUUACAUUAACGUUAUAAAAUAUUCCAUAAAAUUGUUUAUAACUUAGAAAGAAUUAUUUAUUAUCAUUGUCUAAUCUAAUUAAAAUAACUUUAUGAAGUAACACUUAAUAACAUGCAUUUGAUUCACUGGGUUUCAAAUAUCAUCAAUUUAGCGUCAGUCAUUUUUUUAAAAUCAAAAUUUAGAUAUGUGUUCACAAAAGCUAACCAAUUAAAGCAUUUUUCUAUCAUAAAAUCCAUUUCAUUACAAAAUAAUAUUCAUAAAUAAUAAAUUUUUUACAAAUAGUAUCACAAAUAACUUUCCAUACCCAAAAUGAAACGGUGUUUGCAUGCCAUAAUCAAAAAGUAUUUUUCAUGCAUGAUUGAGGUAAAUCAAGAUAAAUCAUGAAAAAUUGUCUUUGAAAGUAUUCCCAUGCAAUAGAAGUUGUUUGAGUUUAUUAAUUCAGACAUACAUUCCAUUUUUAUUGUAUUAAUUUGUGUUUCAUAAUGUGUGAGAGAAUUAUGACAAAAUUUUUUGUUUGUCUUCUAUUACAUUUUAGUUGUGUUUGUUUAUCGCAUCAAGUUGCUUCAAGUUGCAUAGCAAAACGGCAGUUUUAUGACACUGAUCUAAGAUGUGUAUAAAUGUUUACAAAAAUUCAAAUGUAUAUAAGUAAUUGUACAAUCUGAUGUUAAAUCUGAUUACUUUAAGCAAACCACUGAAAUCUUAAACAAGUAUUGAUUUUACGAUCUAAACAGAAUAUUAUAACCAUAUACAUCAUUAUGACAUAAUUAAAUCUUAGAAAAGAUGAAUAAAUUUUUAAGAAAUUUCAUAUAUCUUGAUAAUUUAGUAUAGUUAAACUCUUCACUAGAGCAAUGAAAAUUUGGACUCACGAAUUUGAAUAAUCCAGAAAAAAAAUUGAUAAACAUAAGAAGAAAAAUUAUACUGUUUAUAUCAAGAUAUUUUUACGAAUAGUACAAACACAGCUUUUAAACUAUUUUUAUUAAUUAUUUUUUUUAAUUUACAGUAUAAUUAACAAUACGAUUAAAGUAAAGACUGAAGUAAAGAUUUGAGUUAUUGUAAACGACAUAGAGAUUAAUUGAAAGUUUUGAGUGGCAUCAUCGCUUCGUUUUCUCAGGUUUUCGUGUCCCUAAUGUUAGUAAUAGUACUAAUAUCUGGAUUUAGAUAUCAAUGGCCAAAAACAUCUAAAACAUAACUAUACUAUUUUUAUAUAAAGCAUAAUUUACGAAAUUUUCCCCUGUAGAUGAGAUGCUUAUUCAAUUCAUUAAUUUUAUUAACUUGUAACAUUCCUAUCCUAGUCAAAUGUACCACCGAUCAUUAAUAUAUACGAUAACAGUAAUAAUCAGUUUCGAAAUGCAAAGACGAAAUUAUUGUAAAAGAUUAACUAUUCUUAUAAAAAUAUAAUAAUGCCUUGAUAAGGUGUUAACAAGCAGAUUAAAUUUAUUGUGUUCUUUUUUUCUUUUGGUAAUAAGGAAUGAAAUAAGAAAAAAAAUGUUUUAGGAAGAUUCCUACUUUUGAGGUUUCAAUCAAAUCGACAAACAAAAAAAGUCCAUCCAAAUGUUUUUUUAUGGAUUAUUACGUGUAAUUGUAAAAUAUAUUUUUUGACAGGUACUAUAAUAUUACGUAAUCCAAAAUGAUUGUGGUUGCUGAAGUUGUGCAAGAUUCACUGAAAUUAUAAAUAAGUGACACAUAAAAAUUAUCUGAAUGAUUUGCAUCAUUUUGUAUUUUUGGAUAAUGUUAAAUCAAUUAGAAAUGCAAAAAUACAAUCACUUGAAAAUCGUUGUUUCGACAAAUCUCUAAAAUUUUCACUGAAUAAAUUUCACAAAAUAUUAGACGAAUUUAAAUGCAGAGAAUAUUCUGUGAUUGUAAAAAUGAACUGCUAUGUAUUCAUUGAAAAUGUCAAAAAGUUUUUUAGAAGUGUAAACUUCUAAAAAAAAUAUUAAAAGUUAUAAAUGAGUUUUACUGUGAGUUCUAUUACUUUUAAAACUAGAACUCUUUAACCCUGAGAAAUUUCAGGUUAAUGCUCAAAUGUUAAACAAAUUUGAUUUUUCUAUAUAAAUUGUUUUGAAAUAUUUUGCCUUGGAUUAAAAGGCACAGAUACUUGAGAGGUGUUUCUUUCAAGUUUCCAAAAGAGCCUUAUAAUGUUUCUGUUAAUGAAAAUAAAUAUAUUUUAAAAAACCGGUGAGUUAAAUUUAAGAUGCUGAUAGCAGAAUUAUUUAUUGUAUAUUAUAUAAAAUGUGAAAAGCAAUAAAACUAUUUUGUAAAAAAUUGUAUUUACUAUAUGUGUUUGUGAAGCAUAUGAUGCCUUUAUUAUAUUUCAAUUUUGAAAUGAUGAUUUGUGUUGAAAAUACUAUAAGAACAUGGAGCAAUCUGUUGUAGUUAAUAAAAGUACUUUAAAAUUUAAA